AUGAGCGCAUCGUUCUUGAAUGGAAUCGUCAAUCUUAUGCUUGCGCAGGCACAAGAGGGCAUUUUCGAAAAGAAAAUGCUUGGCGGACUGCACGAAGCUACAGUCGAAAAACUCAUCGCCACAUCGUCGGAAGCUUCCAAGGUCUCGGAAAAGUACAAGCUCGUUACAAGCGUAAUGACCUCCGACACGCAAUAUGUCAAAUACUUGCCAUCAACAUGGAACUCUGUCGUGCAAAUUAAAGCCUGCCAUUAUCGAGCAUUGAGUCACUACUUCUGCGCGAUGUCGCUCAUACAUGAGGAGUUUCACCAAAUACGCGAGCCAUCGGGCCUCUACAAUGGCUUCUACUGUUCUGAAUUUCCGCCAGAUUAUCCGAAAAUAGAAGAAAUGGUCAGAACAAAAAAGCUGCGCCGCGGACUGGCGCGCGCCCAUCUCAGCCUCGCCCUCAGCGUUCACGAAAGCUCGCUCCAAAUCCAGCGAUGCUGCGCCGGGUUGAAGAAAGUUGGAUCGUUACUGGGCCAGUUUUUGAAUCACUCAAAGAGAAGAACUCAAGAAUUGAUGCGCACACUUGAAAUGGACGAGUUCGUCGGAAUGCCGCCCGACAUCUCCCCGAAAUCAGAUACAGAGGCGGAAAUCGUCGCCCCUAACUUCACACGCGUCAAGGUCUUGGACAUAUUCAGACGGCUUGGACCGAUGUCCAUCUUUUCUGCGAGAAAUCGAUUUUCCGCGCCACGAGUUAUCAAAAUCAACAGAAGUUCGAACGGAUUCGGCUUCACCGUCCGUGGCGAUGCGCCGGUGCUCGUCGCCAACGUAGAAGCCGAUGGAAAGGCAAAUCGGGCCGGACUAAGAGAAGGCGACGUUGUCACCAAAGUGAACAAAAAAGAUGUCAAAUGGGCGAGACACUCCGAUGUCGUAGAUAUGCUCCAAUGCGACAAAUUAGAGAUUGAAAUUGUCACUGUCCAGACGGAUCUCGUCUUUGACGCCUUGGGAGCGACAGAUGAGCUUUCGGCUGCACUUGGAGUCGCUCGGGAAUUCGCGUACGAUCGCCAAAUGCAAAAUGUUAUUACAAUAGUUCUUCACAAACGCUGCUACGAGUUUAUUGGAUUCGCGUGUCCCGGCGUUGAUAAUGGCCACGAGGGACAGUCAAAGGCGCACGAUUUCAAAACCCACACUUAUGGGCACCCGACUUUCUGCGACCACUGUGGGUCCAUGCUUUAUGGCCUCGUCAAGCAAGGAGUCAAAUGCGUAACCUGCGGCGUCAACUCACAUAAGCGAUGUAUCGAUGUCUUCCCUCAUACCUGCGGCUUGAAUCAUCAGGAGAAGAGAGGGCGGCUGAGGAUCAAGGCUUAUGUGACGAACGACGAGCUAAAAGUUGAAAUCUUCGAAGCGAAAAACCUCGUCCCAAUGGAUCCCAACGGCUUAUCUGAUCCCUACGUCAAAGUCAAAAUCCUACCAGAUCCGAAAAAGGAGACGAAGUUGAAAACUUCGGUGGUGAAAAAGAACUUAAAUCCGACUUGGAACGAAGACUUCAAAAUGCGAAUAUCGUCAAGCGACUAUUCCAAACGACUGCUCAUCGAAGUCUGGGAUUGGGACAGACUCAAUACUAAUGACUUCAUGGGGAGCAUGUCGUUUGGAAUUUCAGAGCUCAAAAAGAACUCUGCUGAUGGAUGGUACAAGCUCCUAGCUAAAGAAGAAGGAGAAGCCUUCCACAUUCCGAUCGAGUAUUCCUCGGAAAAGAACCGAGAAAUCAAGGAGAAACUCGACGUUAUUCAAGCUCAAGAGAAGCUUAAAAAAGCGACGAUCAAAAAGAAACCGUCGAUAAUCGGCACUAGAUCCUCUCUCGAGGAUUAUAAUCUGCUGCACGUUCUCGGGCGCGGAUCAUUCGGAAAAGUCUUUCUGGCGCAGUCGAAAGUCGACAAAAAAUACUAUGCAAUCAAAGCUCUUAAAAAAGACGUCGUUGUCAAAGACGACGACGUCGAAUGCGUCAUGUGCGAGAAACGUGUCCUCGCUCUUCAAAACAAACCGCCUUUCCUCACUUAUCUCCAAUGUACAUUCCAGACGCCGGAUAGACUGUACUUUGUGAUGGAGUACGUCUCUGGCGGCGAUCUCAUGCAUCACAUCCAGCAAGUGCACCGAUUCAAAGAGCGACACACUGUAUUCUACGCUGCCGAAAUCGCACUCGCACUUUUCUUCCUCCACGAACGCGGAAUCAUUUACAGAGACCUCAAGCUUGAUAAUGUCAUGUUGGAUGCAGAAGGACACAUCAAAGUAGCAGAUUUUGGCAUGUGCAAAGAGAACAUUCUAGCGCAAGGCGAAUUUACGAAAACUUUCUGCGGAACCCCGGACUAUAUCGCCCCAGAAAUCAUAGCAUACAUGCCAUACGGCAGAUCUGUCGAUUGGUGGAGCUAUGGCGUUCUCAUUUACGAAAUGCUGACGGGCCAGCCGCCUUUUGACGGCGAAGACGAAGAUGAAUUAUUUAUGAGUAUAAUGGACUCGAAUCCAAAAUACCCCCGGCAUUUACAUAAAGACUCGGUGCGAUUUUGCAAAGAACUGAUGCAGAAGAAUCCGAAGAAACGAUUAGGCUGCGACGGAAUACCCACCAAGGGCAAUCAAGAUGUCAUGAGGCAUCCGUUCUUCAUCACCUUGAUGCCAAUUAACUGGGAAAAGCUGCGGAAUCGAGAGAUUCAGCCGCCCUUCCGCCCGAAAGAAGGAAAACUCACUGAAAAUUUCGACAAGUAUUUCACGAAAGCGGAUCCCGUGGUGACGCCGACGGACAAGAUGAUUGUCGCCGGAAUUCCCCAGGAUCAAUUCGCUGGCUUUUCUUUUGACAGGGAUUCAGAAAAGAAAAAAUUAUCGCGCCAGAGCUCUAAAGCGAGUUCUAGAGCUAGUUCUAUCAGGUCCAACGCUAGCCCUCAAGUUGUUCGCAGCUCACGAGCUUCGAGCUCGCGAUCGCAUAGUUCAAUCCAAAAUGAUUACAUUUAA